UCGCCAUGCUCGGCAGGGGCGCGCAGCGGCUGCGGGGUCUCGGGCUGCGCGGCUGCCCGGGGCGCCUGCUCUCAGUGGGCAGCGGAGGAGGAGAGGAAAGGCUCCCGUCACCUACAGAAACAAAGUGGAAAGACAGGGCAGAAACCGUGAUCAUUGGCGGUGGCUGUAUAGGAGUGAGUCUAGCCUAUCACCUGGCCAAAGGAGGCAUGAAAGAUGUGGUCCUGCUGGAGAAAUCUGAGCUCACAGCUGGAUCAACCUGGCAUGCAGCAGGUUUAACCACUUACUUUCAUCCUGGAAUAAACUUGAAGAAAAUACAUUAUUAUAGCAUCAAACUUUAUGAGAAACUGGGGGAAGAAACUGGCCAGGUGGUGGGAUUCCACCAGCCAGGCAGUAUCAGGAUUGCUACAACUCCUGUAAGGGUAGAUGAAUUUAAAUAUCAGAUGACUCGGACUCGCUGGCAUGCAACAGAACAGUACAUCAUUGAACCUGAACAGAUUCUGGAGAUGUUCCCUUUGCUCAACAUGAAUAAGAUUUUAGCUGGACUGUAUACCCCUGGGGAUGGUCACAUUGAUCCAUAUUCUCUCACCAUGGCCCUGGCUGCUGGAGCUAGGAAAUAUGGCGCCCUGUUAAAGUAUCCCGCGCCAGUGACUUCCCUGGAACCCAGGCCAGAUGGAACAUGGGAUGUGGAAACACCACAGGGAUCCAUAAGAGCAAAUCGCAUUGUGAAUGCCGCAGGCUUUUGGGCUCGGGAGGUAGGUAAACUUAUUGGACUUGAGCAUCCUCUCAUCCCAGUUCAACAUCAAUAUAUCAUUACAUCAACUAUACCUGAAGUGAAAGCAUUGAAGCGAGAACUCCCUGUGAUCCGAGAUCUGGAAGGAUCCUAUUAUCUUCGGCAGGAGAGAGACGGGCUUUUACUUGGUCCUUAUGAAAGUCAGGAGAAAAUGAAAAGUCAGGACUCCUGGGUCACCAACGGAGUCCCUCCAGGCUUUGGGAAGGAACUCUUUGAGUCUGAUCUAGACCGUAUUAUGGAGCAUGUGGAGGUGGCCAUGGAAAGGGUUCCAGUCUUGAAGAAUGCUGACAUCAUCAAUAUCAUCAAUGGUCCUAUCACCUACUCUCCUGACAUCUUGCCGAUGGUGGGGCCCCAUCAGGGGGUCAGGAACUACUGGGUGGCUGUCGGAUUUGGAUACGGCAUAAUCCAUGCUGGUGGAAUAGGGAAGUAUCUCAGUGACUGGAUCCUGCAUGGAGAACCUUCUUUUGACCUGAUAGAAUUGGAUCCCAACCGCUAUGGCAAAUGGACAACAACUCAGUACACUGAGGCCAAAGCUAGAGAAUCAUAUGGAUUCAACAACAUUGUUGGUUAUCCAAAGGAAGAACGAUUUGCUGGGAGGCCAACUCAGAGAGUCAGUGGGCUCUACAAAACCCUGUCCACUAAGUGUUCCAUGGGGUUCCAUGCAGGCUGGGAACAGCCACAUUGGUUUUAUAAGCCAGGCCAUGACACCCAGUAUAGGCCAAGUUUUCGUCGCACAAACUGGUUUGAGCCUGUGGGUUCAGAGUAUAAACAAGUUAUGCAAAAAGUUGGAGUGAUUGACCUGUCACCAUUUGGCAAGUUUAACAUCAAAGGCCAAGACUCCAUUAGGCUGUUAGACCAUCUCUUUGCAAAUGUCAUUCCAAAGGUGGGCUUUACAAAUAUUAGUCACAUGCUAACGCCCAAAGGUCGAGUAUAUGCUGAGUUGACAGUUUCUCACCAGUCUCCAGGGGAGUUUUUAUUAAUAACUGGUUCUGGAUCAGAACUUCAUGAUCUUAGAUGGAUUGAAGAAGUAGCAAUCAAAGGUGGCUAUGAUGUUGAGAUUAAAAACAUAACAGAUGAGCUUGGCGUCCUUGGCAUUGCAGGACCGUGUGCAAGGAAGGUCCUUGAGAAGCUGACCUCAGAAGAUCUUAGUGAUGGUGCUUUCAAGUUUCUUCAAACAAAGUCUGUAAAGGUUUCCGAUAUUCCUGUCACUGCUAUUAGGAUAUCUUAUACUGGUGAGCUAGGUUGGGAGCUGUACCACAGGCGAGAAGAUUCUGAGGCACUUUAUGAUGUUAUCAUGAAUGCUGGCCAGGAAGAAGGAAUCGACAAUUUUGGAACAUAUGCCUUGAAUGCCUUAAGACUAGAAAAAGCUUUCAGAGCCUGGGGAUCAGAGAUGAACUGUGAUACAAAUCCCUUUGAAGCUGGAUUGGAAUAUUUUAUCAAGUUAAAUAAGCCAGCAGACUUCAUAGGAAAGCAAGCACUGAAACAGAUUAAAGCCAAGGGGCUGAAACGGAGACUGGUCUGCCUCACCUUGACGACGGAUGAUGUGGAUCCGGAGGGAAAUGAAAGCAUCUGGUACAAGGGCAAGGUGGUUGGCAACACAACAUCUGGAAGCUACAGUUACAGUAUCCAGAAGAGUCUGGCUUUUGCUUAUGUCCCUCUAGAAUUAAGUAAAGUGGGACAGCAAGUGGAGGUUGAACUACUAGGUAAAAAUUACCCAGCAACCAUCAUUCAAGAGCCCUUAGUAUUGACAGAACCAACUAGAAAUCGCCUUCAAAAAAAGGGCAGAAAGGACAAGGCUUGAAAAAAGGCAGUUACUAAUCAGGUGAAUUAUAAUUGCUAUAUGACUAUACUUGAAAUUAUUGUAAUUGGUGCUUCAGAAUAGAGGGAACCAGGAAUUCAUUUCAAAAUCAUCAAAACCUAGAUUUAGAAUUUUAAUAAAACCUUUC